AUGGCAACCCAAACGGUAACAGUUCUUGGCCAAGAUGUGACGGCAGAUUCCCUGGAUAUGAAAUACUGGUCGGAUAACUUUAUCCCACCAGUCAAGUCUCUUCUAGAAGCUACGGAGGCCUACUCUCCAUCGGAACAAGAAGCCCAGUUACGCAUCCUGAAAGAAGUUGUUCUGCCCAAUCUUGGUCCGCGGCCGUCCAAAGCUGUUGGGCCCUCGCAUCUGACGCAAAGUGGCUCUCCACUUCAGCUCAGUCUCAAUGCGUCAUCCAACAAUUGCGUAAGGUAUUGUUGGGAGAUGUUGGGUGCCAGCGGAGGACACGGCCGUGACCCUUUGGCCAUACAGGCCGCUCGAGAUAUCGUGGCUUCUGUUUCUGCCAAGUUUGGCUUUUCGACCAAAUGGAGCAGCGCGUUGCUAUCCGCCUUUGCUGUCAAACCAGACGAGGCUCAGCAUAUUAUUGAUAUGCUUCCCCAGUGGUUGCAAAGCUUUGUGCCCGAAGGUGUUGAAGCGGCUCCUCUGAAGAGAAUCCCCUUUGCGCUGACCGCCUUCGACCUCAAAGGCUCCAACAUAUCCAUGAAACUCUAUGUUAAUCCCAAGGCUAAGGAAAUCAUCACUGGUACUCCAGCAGCGGGUGAGGUUUGGAAGAUUCUUCGAACUCUCACGCCAGCAUUUAAGCCCGAAGCAAUCGACAUGCUAGAGAAAUUCUUCGCUGGUCUUCCUGAGCCGUCCCCGAUCGAAUUGGUAGGCAUUGACUGUGUCGACGACGCCCAUCUGUCUGAUGCUAGGGUGAAGCUGUACAUUCACACCAGGAGCAACUCGUUCAAGACUGUGCGCAAAUAUGUUACCCUCGGAGGGAAAAUCAAUGAUGAAGAGACGAACCAAUAUUUGGAGAAGCUUCAGCCGAUCUGGCACCUGCUGCUUCAAGAACCGGAAGGCCCCGUUGAUGAGGAUUUCGAAAAGCCGAUUAACGAUUCGUCCAUGCUUUGCCAGAAAUUGUAUUUCAGCUUUGAACUGCAGCCAGGCAGGGACUUUCCCAACGUCAAGACUUAUUUACCGACUUGGAACUAUGUUCGAACCGAUGAGGAAACCAUUGCGAAUUACCAGGAGAUCUUCCAGAUCUGCGGCCACCCCUGGGGUGAAGAAGGGAGAUACAAGAAGAUUUUUACGGAUGCAUUUGGCUCACCAGCACACGGUCGCAAGAGGCCGGUUCACUGCGACGCAUCGUAUAUUUUCACUGAGAAAAAGGGCGUUUAUCAAACAUUGUAUUACAGCCCCCCUCUUGCAGAAGAAGAGUGA